AUGGCCAAAGAAGACAUAGUUACAAGCCAGCCUCGAGAAAGGAGUACUCUUGGUCCAUUGAAGCUCUAUUUGCUCGCCUACAACAUGGCUUCUUUGAGUGGUUGGGCAUAUGUGCUUGCGCUGGCUCUUCUUCAAAUAGUACAGUCCGGAACUUAUGUACAUGUUUUCGAUAAGACAUGGCCAGUUCUUUUAAUUGUUCAGACAACAGCUCUUCUAGAAAUUGUUCAUGUAUUACUAGGCUGGGUGAGAGCGCCUCUUAUGACCACUGUGAUGCAAGUCUUUUCACGUAUUUUCCUAGUUUGGGCUGUCAAUUACCCCUUCCCUCAAAUUCACUCUCAUUGGUCUUACAGCACCAUGAUUAUUUCAUGGUCGAUUGCCGAGAUUGUUAGAUAUUCAUAUUACUCCACUAACCUGUUAGGUUCAGUUCCAGCUUUCAUCACCUGGGCACGUUAUACGUUUUUUUUGGUCUUAUAUCCUACCGGUAUCAGCUCAGAGUUGAUUAUGACUUUCUUAUCCCUACCUUACGUCAAAGCCGAAUGGGGAAAUAUCUAUUUUUACCUUUACAUUAUUGUUGUUUUAUUAUAUGCACCAGGAUCUCCUGUGAUGUAUAAUCAUAUGAGAGCUCAGCGCAGAAAGUAUCUUAGAGAUUCAGCCAAUAGUAAUAAAAAGGCAAAAUAG